AAGUGCAUGUGAAUCUCGCAUAUUUUCCAAGUCGUCUCUCUUUUCGCCGGGCUUAUUUUCCGAAUCGAUGGAUUCUUAAUUAGUACAGAAAACCUUCAGUAUGUUCGUGUAUCUUAGCAAAAAGAUUGCAAUUCCUAAUAAUAUCAAGCUUCGAUGUGUUUCAUGGAACCAGGAGCAUGGUUAUAUAGCAUGCGGUGGGGAGAAUGGAUUACUCAAAGUUCUUAAACUGGAUUCCGGAGCUGGAAAAGAUGCAAAGCAGAGAGGUCUUGCUGCACCAAGUAACCUUUCUAUGAAUCAAACACUAGAAGGACAUUCUGGUGCUGUGCAAGUUGUUACAUGGAACUCUCAGUAUCAGAAACUGACUUCAAGUGACGAGUAUGGCCUCAUCAUUGUAUGGAUGUUCUAUAAGGGUUGUUGGUUUGAGGAGAUGAUCAACAAUAGAAACAAGUCUGUCGUUAGGAGCAUGGCAUGGACGUCAGAUGGCCAGCGAAUCUGUAUCGUCUAUGAAGACGGUGCUGUGAUCGUGGGGUCGGUGGAUGGUAACCGGAUCUGGGGUAAAGAACUCAAAGGAAUGCAGCUAUGUCAGGUGGAGUGGUCACCCGACUCCAAAACCAUUCUCUUCGGAAUGACAAAUGGUGAACUACACAUCUACGACAACCAAGGCAACUUUUGUUCUAAAUUGACAGCGUACUGUCUGACAAAUGCUACUGGUGCCGUUCACAUUGCUGGUGUUGAUUGGUACGAUGGGAAGUAUGGUCUAGUGGAGCCAGGCUGUCCAACCUUGGCAAUCUGUUAUGAUAACGGCAGAGCACAGAUCAUGCGGGAUGAGACCGAUGAUAACCCUGUUCUGAUAGAUACUGGCAUGUCGGUCGUCAAAGUGAUGUGGAACUACAAUGGGUCAGCUUUAGCCGUGGCCGGCACACAGAAGUCCCUGCAGCAAGAUAAGGAUGUCAAUGUCGUUCAGUUCUAUACCCCUUUCGGAGAGCAUUUACGAACCUUGAAAGUGCCCGGUCAGGGGUUGUCUGCAAUAUCGUGGGAAGGCGGAGGAUUACGUAUAGCCCUGGCCGUUGACAGCUACAUCUACUUUGCCAACAUCCGUCCCGACUACAAGUGGGGCUACUGCGCCAGUACCGUGGUCUAUUCUUUUACCAAGCCUGAUCGAGUGGAGAACUGCGUGGUCUUCUGGGAUACUCUCAACUCUGAAAGAUAUGUGAAGUAUGUGAGGAAUCUGUUAUCAGUGACGGCGUAUGGAGACCACUGUGUGCUGGCUACAAGGGCAGACGAAACAAUGGGGCAAGUGGAUCCUUCUGACCCAAUUCAGUAUGUGCUUGUGCUGUGUAACUGCAUUGGAACUCCACUGGAAUCCAAGUAUAUUGAUAUAGAGCCAUCAUUCGUUGCUGUGACCAAGACCCAUGUAAUAGCUGCCUCCAAGGAAGCCAUCUACAUCUGGCAAUUUAAAACUCCUAAGAAGAUAACAGCAAUGGAGGUGAACACAGCUAUGGGACGUAAGAAGGAUUCAAGAGAGAGGGUCUAUCACAUCGAUGAUACUCCUUCAGGAGCCGGUGACGGUGUCCUGGACUUCAGCAAGGCAUUCGCUCCCACCAGGGAUCCAAUCUGCUGCGUAGCUGCUUCUGACAAGGUGUUGAUCGUUGGCCGUGAAUCUGGAACCUUGCAUCGCUACUCACUCCCACACGUAGCCCUGGUCAACAAGCAUGUAGUCAACUGUAGACCUCAUGCCUUGUCCUUGAACUGUACUUCAAGUCGUUUGGCAAUCAUUGACAUCGCUGGGAUCUUGACAUUCUUUGACCUCGACACCAAGUGGGUCAACCCUGAAGGUCAAGAGGUUAUAGGUCAGCCGUUGCAGUUUGAAAGGAAAGAUGUGUGGGAUAUGAGAUGGGCCGAGGAUAAUGCUGAACUCAUUGCUAUGAUGGAAAAGACCAGGAUGUACAUCUUUAGAAACUUGGACCCCGAGGAACCCAUUGUUAGUUCAGGCUACAUCUGUCUGUUUGAAGACCUUCAGAUUAAGAGUGUUUUAUUGGAUGAAGUGAUGAAGGAUCCUGAACAUCCUGGAAAGGAAUGCAUGGUAGAGCUAGAUAUCAAGAGUUUGAGAGAUACGUGUGAUCUGUUAGAAAAGGUUGGCAUCGAAGAUGCUGCUCAAUUCAUUGAAGACAACCCUCAUCCAAGAUUAUGGCGUCUGUUGGCAGAGAAGGCCAUGGAAACCCUUGAUCUGAAGGUCGCAGAGCAAGCGUUUGUCCGCUGCCGAGACUUCCAAGGGAUCGAGUUUGUGAAGCGCCUUGGGAACCUACAGAGUGAGACGAUGAGAAGCGCAGAAGUAGCAGCCUACUUCAAGAGAUUUGAGGAAGCGGAAAGAAUGUAUAGAGAUAUGGAUAGGAGGGAUCUAGCAGUGAACCUGCGUAUGAAACUGGGUGACUGGUUCAGGGUAGUACAGCUCUUGAAAUCAGGCGGAGGGGGUGAUGACGUUCAGAUGCAACAGGCUUGGAAUGCUAUCGGUGAUUACUAUGCAGAUAGACAGAAGUGGGCUAAUGCGGUCACAUAUUAUCUUCAGGGAAACAACCAAGAGAGAUUAGCAGAGUGUUACUACAUGCUAGAGGAUUUUGGUGGACUUAACAAGCUUAGUGACGCUUUACCCGAAAACCAUCUACUCUUACCGGAGAUAGCCUCCAUGUUCUUGACCGUGGGGAUGUGCGCCGAGGCCGUCUCGGCUUUCCUCAAGUGCAAUGAAAUCAAGAAGGCGGUGGACUGCUGCGUGCAUCUCAACCAAUGGGACCAGGCAGUGGAGCUCGCCAAGACGCAUCACAUCCGAGAGAUCGAUAGUCUCCUCGCCAAGUACGCAGCUCAUCUUCUGGAGAAGGAGAAGACGCUUCAGGCUAUAGAGCUCUAUCGCAAGGCUAAUCAUUACCUGGAUGCUGCUAAGCUUAUGUUUCAGACAGCUGAAACUGAAGGCAAAAAGAAAUUAAAGCCUCUGAGGACAAAGAAGAUCUAUGUACUUGGUGCAUUGCUGAUUGAGAACUACCAUGAGCAAAUGAAGGUACAAUCUAAACUCAAGACAAAGAGUAAGAAAACAGAGGCAAGUUCUGCUCUAGCUGGUCUACUAGAGGAGGAAGCUCUGGCUACGUCAGACACUAAGCUGAUAGACAAUGCAUGGCGAGGUGCCGAAGCAUACCAUUUCUUGUUACUUGCACAAAGACAACUCUACCAAGGAUACGUUGAUGCUAGUAUGAAGACGGCUCUGCAUCUCCGAGAGUAUGAUGAUAUUUUGGACCCUGUGGAUAUCUUCUCGAUCUUGGCUCUGGCUUCUUGUGCCAACAGAGCAUUUGGGACCUGCUCCAAGGCUCUCUCCAAGCUGGAGACUUUGGAGGGACUCACGGCUGAGCAGCGGCAGCAGUUUGAAGACCUGUCUUUACAGAUCUUUACAAAGCAUUCUCCCAAAGAUGCUCGUAGUAACAAGGUUGAGUGCCCCAACUGUGAUACUGUUAUUCCUGAUUCAAUGGGAGUUUGUGUGCACUGCGACACCAAGUUCCCAACGUGCAUUGUUACAGGGCGCCCUCUGUUGGACUAUCAGUUCUGGAUGUGCAGUACAUGCAAGCACAGGGCAUAUGAGAACGACAUCCGAACCAUGGCUACGUGUCCUCUCUGUCACAUUGAAAUAUGAUCAACAGCAUCAUGUAACAUAGAAGAUACAAGAAAUGUUAUGAGGAGAGCAGUCUGCUUGAUUUAAUUCUUUCGACUUUUAGAUUGAAUUUAAGUUGGGUGUUGACUGGCCCUAGUUCUAGUCAGCCAUGGUGUUUGCAUAUGUAGGUCACAAAAAAAACAUUUUAUAUUUCUUAUAGGGUUUAAAGACCAAGGCCUGUAUUCUUAAGUUUGGUUUGAAUUUAGCCAUGGUCCAACUCUCUGCCAAUAUUGUGAGAAGCCAAAAAUAUCAAAUUUUGUUUGAAGCCAAAAAUAUCAAAUUUUGUUUACAUCGGUUAUCUUAUGUUUACUUGGCUCUUUCCCCAUGCUUUAAAGAUGAAGAAACUAUUUUAGUGAUAAUUUCCAGACAGUUAUGAAUGAUUUGAGUGUCAAAUAAUUUUAAAAAAAUUAACUUUUAAAAAUUCAUGUCGCAAUUGGCUAUCAAGUUUGAGGCCAAAGUUAAAUCAAACUCAGUUUCAGAAUAUGGGCCACACAUUCCCUAAUGAACAGAUCUAUCUUUUUUCAAGCUGUAGAUUAAGAAGUAUCCUCUUUGUUACACUGUAAGUUAAUUUAUGUUGGACUCCAUUACACAAAGAUUUACGAUGGA